GAAAAAAGCGAAAACACAAGCAAUCCUCAGGAUCGAAUCCCUUUCUCUCGAUCCACACAAUGCCAACGGAAGCUGAAUCUAGUGUUACGCCCAAAUACCUGCAAGAGAAUGAACUGAGCCAAGAGUGUAAGGAAGUGAUAUCCACCUUACCCAUGGAAAGAGGUUGGGUUGCAAGCCAUCUGCACCAAUACCAAGGCUUCUGGCACACCACCAGGCAGCUUCAAGGGGUUCUAUCUUGUCAAAAGCAUUUUAAGGCCCUUGACACAGAUGUCCUCAUUGUAAGCACUCCCAAAUCAGGCACCACUUGGCUCAAAGCUUGGACAUUUUCCUUGCUUCACAGAAACCAACAUGAUCCAAAUACCCAAAACCAAAACCAUCCUUUGCUAUUCAACAACCCCCAUUUUCUUGUUCCAUUCUUGGAACUAGACCUCUACAUUGAUGACAACACUCUUCCCGACCUUACUUCAUUGAUCACCUCUCCAAGGCUCUUCUCCACACAUCUCCCUUAUGUGUCACUUCCAAAAUCUGUGCAAGAAUCAGCUUGCAAGAUCAUUUAUCUCUGUAGAGACCCCAAAGAUGCUUUCAUUUCACUAUGGCAUUUCACAAACAUGCUUAGGCCCAAGAGCCGAGGGAUGAACUCACUCCAAGAGGCAUUUGACAAGUUUUGCAGAGGAGUGAGUCUCUAUGGGCCCUUCUGGGCCCAUGUGUUGGACUAUUGGCAGAAGAGCCUGUCAGAGCCCAACAAGAUCAUGUUUAUGAGGUUUGAAGAAAUGAAAAUGAAGCCCAGGCUUGUUUUGCAAGAGCUUGCUACUUUUGUGGGUUGCCCGUUUUCCAAAGAAGAGGAGGAAGCUGGUGUGGUGGAUCAUAUUUUGAAGCUGUGUAGCUUUGAUAACUUGAGCAACUUGCAAGUGAACAAGAAUGGGAAACUCUCCUCUGGUGAAGAACACAAAGCUUUCUUCCGCUGUGGCCAAAUUGGUGACUGCAAAAAUCAUCUCACUGCUGAGAUGAUCCAACAACUCAACACCAUCACUCAAGAGAAACUAGCUGAACAUGGACUGAGGUUUUAGAUUAUAUCGUUAUUAUUUGCAAUUUUUAAUACUUGGUAUUAUGUCAUGUGUGCAAAAAAAUAAAUAGAAUUCCUUUUAAAUCUAGCUUUUGAGGGGAUGAAACAAAAGGGACGAGAGAAACUCACAUUUUCCUCGCCAAAGCGUGCAAUAAUAAUAACGCUAUUAUUGUGUUUGUGUUUGCAAUUUGAUGUAUGGCUGAAUCGUACGUAAUGCACUAAUGUUACUUACACUAAUUACGUUGA